CUGCUUCUUGCACUACAUUUGAAACAAGAACGGACCAAAAUACUUUGCUCUGAACGCGGUUCUUGGUUUGAAUGAAAGCUCUCGCUAGGUCAAGUGCUCGCGCCCACAGCACUUGCAAGGUGAAGCAGACCAACCGGUUGCUUACCAUCCAGCCGCGUGUCGCAAGCAUCGUCCGCUUCGCAGAGAACGGCGACCUGCAGUCGAUUGUCGAGGCGGCCGUGCAGCAGCGGUUUCAGCUGCACUUCAACGCGCAAUUGCGGCAGGAAGACGCGUGGUACAAGGCGGAGUUGCAGCGGAAGCUCCGGCCGUUCCAGCUGGAGUUCAUCCUGAACACAGGGAACGAGCUUGGCAAAUACGCGCAACCCGAGCGCCUCGCGAAGUUGGCCCUCAAGCUCAAUAUGAGCCCGGACGGCGUCCAGCAAAUGUUCGCGGGCAUUGCAGCGACGCGCAACACAAGUACACACGCUGGUAGCUUGCAAGCGCUGCGACAGAGAGUGACGGACGCGCAGAAGAUGAUUGACGAGCUGGCAGCCACCGACCCCACCCUGUUCGUCACAGACGUCAACCUGUCCUUCGCACGGGAUGUGCUGGCGCUCUACGACACGAUUGAGCGUGACUUCCUACUGUCGGCGUAACCCUGGUCUUGCGGCCGUACCACCAGCACACUACAGCACUAGCAGCAGUCCGCCCAUCGGAGCGUGCAGCAACAGAAGGAGCAGCAGCAGCGGGCAUGGUCACAACCCUGAGUCAUCAGGCGCUGAAGAAGCGCUUGUGCGCUUGAGGUGGAGAGUGUCAUCACAGACCUUUGCAGCGUUAGACUUGCAAUCGAGCGAUAGGAUACGGUAGUCACUUCUCAGAGCAGGAUAGCGAUAGAUGCCCCUCGGAGCCUCCUCUGUGUCUGGUGUAGGUAUGUUGCGUGUACGAUAGCGAGGGUGAUGUACAGAAGUGCUAGCGAUGCCCAUGUGCAAGUACCUGUGGGACCCCUUUUUGACCGCAACAUUCGCGCUCUCCGCAUUCGUAUGUAGUUGGUACUGGGUGUACCCUUCUGUAGCGCUGGCAAUGUACAAGAAGUGCUAGCGAUGUUCGUGGGCAAGUACCUACGGCUUUUGACCGCAACAGCUGCACUCAUCUGUAGUUGGUACCAGGUGUACACUUGUGUAUGGAAUGCGGAGGCAGCCUGUAGGACUGGGCAAGCGUACGUCGCACUUGAAAGUAGUGCGCUACAGCCUUCAGCUUGCCUGAACCUGGCCGAUGGUAGCGCACGUCAUAUGUGGCUUAUGGUCGAUGUUAAGGGCCGGAUAUGGAUGUAUUCCGUUUAUGCUUGAGAGGUCAGCGUGGAUACCAGCUUGGCGUGUACUUGUAUAGUUUUGUGAGAUCAGAGUAAAGAGUGGUGACAGCAGAGUGCCUGGUGCUGUCAUUUACAGGGACCUGCAACGCCGGGUUUAGCGGCGACGGCUGGGCAGGACAGGUACUGCGUGCCGUGCCGUGCGCCACGGAAUGUUUUUUUUGCCGGUGUGCAUGGCCCGGCAAUCCUAUGGCGGGUGUUGUACGUGGGGAAGGGCGGACGCUGACCUGGUGGACGUACUCAGCCCGAUGAAUGUGUACCUAGUGCAUGCUCACUUGUCAACUGGAGGAGAGGAAAAGCGCUGCUGUUUGAGAGCACAACGGCCAGUGAAGUAUUGCAUGCCUUGUGUGGUCACAACCAAACCUUAAGAUCGUCGCGAU